AUCCAUGUGUUUCUCGUCAAAUCAAAACCUUUUAAAAAAUUCGUAGCCUCAAAAUCUCUCGAAUAGAUUUAUUUAUUCACCUCCCCCCACGCCAAAUCCGAGUUAAAAAGCCUUCGAUUUUAUCUGUUUUUCCUUUUUUUUUUUUUUGGGUAUAAAUUUAUAAGAAACCAACUAUUGGUUUCGAUAUACUAUUGCUGUUGCUUCUCUUUCUCUCUUAAAAAUUGGAUUUUUUUUUUUCCCCUUCUCUUCUGGGUUCUUCUAUUGAGAGGGAUUUUUGAGGGUCUCGCACUCAAGCUUCAACAAUGGAGAUGGCUCUGCAACCAAUGAGCCCGCUUUGUUGUAGAAGAACACGUUUUGGACACACCCAAUUCAGGAUCAGGCCCUCUAUUGGCCCCUGUAAUCAAUCUAUGUUGCGGUGCCAAGGAUUUGUGAGAGACACUAUAAUGCCUUCCAUGGCAGCAAGUUCAGGCUAUUCCAGAAGGCGGCCUAGAAGAAGCUUGAUUCCCAAAACAAAGGGCUCCACUCCUAAAGGAUUCGCACCUCGACCACAAGUAGAAACGAGCACGCAAAAGAAAGACCAAAGUGAGGCUAGAAAUAAAGGAGAGGAGAACCCUGACGGUAGUUUAAUGCUUUCAAGCAGUGAAUUCACCAACAAACAAAGUAUCAACGAUUCGAGAACAGCUGUUCUUGAUUCAGCUUCGAGUGUCUCAAGUAAUUCAACUGCAAGACGGAUUGACUUGUUGGAUGAAGCUGAGGAAGAAAGUUAUAGCAAAGAAGGGCUGGAUCAAAAAGUUAAUUCAGAGGCAGCCAUAGGCAUUGAUGAAAAUGAUGAAUUUGGCGACAAGGUCUGUGCUAAUAUGCAGACUCUCUCAGUUGUUGAUGGUUUUGAAGGAAGCGUUUCGAGUGAAAUAGAUGAACGAUCAAAUAGAAUAAGCAUCAAAGGGGAGGCAUCAUCUGUGGAGGAUGAUGAAGAUGUGGAAAUAGGUGCUGUGGCUGAGAUUGAUGUGGAUAUUACUGAGAAAGAGGAAACUCUCGAUCUGGAAGAACGUAAGAGGAUGCUAGAGGACCUUGCGCAGGAAAAUUUUGAAAAGGGCACCAAAGUUUUCACCUUUCCUAGCACAGUGAAGCCUGAUGAAACUAUCGAGAUCUUUCUAAACCGAAGCUUGUCUGGUCUAAAAGAUGAACGGGAAGUUCUGAUUAAGGGUGCGUUUAAUGGUUGGAGGUGGAAGUUCUUCACGGAGAGGCUGCAGAAAACGGAACUAAAAGGGGAUUGGUGGUCUUGCCAACUUUAUGUAUAUAAACAGGCGUACAGAAUCGACUUUGUGUUCUUUAACGGGGCCAAUGUCUACGAGAAUAAUGACUUGAAGGAUUUUUUCCUACCUGUUGAAGGUACAAUGGAUGAAAAGGCAUUCGAGGAUUUCUUGCUUGAAGAGAAAAGGAAGGAGCUUGAAAGAGUUGCUGCUGAAGAAGCCGAAAGGGAAAGACGAGCCGAAGAACAGAGGAAGGAGGAGGAAGAAAGGGCUGCGAGAGAAGCUGAUAGGGCUCAAGCAAAGGUGGAGGUCAAGAAGAAGCAAGAAGCUUUUCAACGUAUGAAAAAUUUAGCUAGGGAUUCUCUUGAAAAUGUGUGGCAUAUAGAACCUAGUUUAUUUAAAGGCGGGGACAGAAUCAGAUUGUAUUACAAUCGAAGCUCUCGCCCACUUCAGCAUUCUACAGAGAUCUGGAUUCAUGGAGGUCAUAACAUUUGGAGCGAAGGUUUGUCUAUUGUGAGCAGACUUUCUCCCUCCGAGAAAAGAGAUGGUGAUUGGUGGUAUGCAGACGUUGUUGUCCCCGACCAGGCGCGUGUAAUAGAUUGGGUUUUUGCCGAUGGGCCACCACAGCAAGCCAAAGUCUAUGACAACAACAACCGCGAAGAUUUUCAUGCCACUGUCCCAAAGUGCAUGAGCGAAGAACUGUUCUGGGUCGAAGAAGAACACAGAAUCUUUAGAAAGCUUCAGGAGGAGAGAAGAUUGAAGGAGCAGGCUGCGCGUGAAAAGGCAGAGAAGAUGGCACGAAUGAAAGCUGAGACAAAGGAGAGAACAAUGAAAAGAUUUUUGCUGUCACAGAAACAUAUUGUCUACACUGAUCCACUAGAAGUACGUGCUGGAAGCACUGUUAGAGUUCUCUACAAUCCCUCGAACACUGUUUUAAAUGGGAAGCCCGAAGUUUGGAUUCGAUGUUCCUUCAACCGUUGGACUUACCAAAAUGGCCCCUUACCACCCCAGAAAAUGGUGAAAGAAGAGAAUGGUUCUCAUUUAGAAGCAACAGUUAAGGUUCCGAUGGAUGCCUACAUGAUGGAUUUUGUUUUCUCUGAGAGAGAAGACGGCGGAAUCUAUGACAACAGGAAUGGGAUGGACUACCAUAUUCCUGUUUCCGGAGGAAUUGUGAAGGAACCGCCGAUGCACAUUGUUCAUGUUUCUGUAGAAAUGGCACCUAUUGCAAAGGUCGGAGGUCUCGGUGAUGUUGUUACAAGCCUUUCUCGUGCUGUUCAAGAUUUAGGCCACACUGUUGAUAUCAUUCUUCCAAAGUAUGACAUUUUGAAUCUCAGCAAUGUAAAAGAUUUCCAUUUUCGCCGAAGUUUUGCUUGGGGUGGAAUGGAAAUAAAAGUUUGGUUUGGAAAGGUUGAAGGCCUUUCUGUAUACUUUCUAGAGCCGCUAAAUGGGAUGUUUUCGGUUGGAUGUGUAUACGGAAGGCAUAAUGAUGCAGAAAGAUUUGGCUUCUUUUGCCACGCCGCUCUUGAAUUUCUCCUGCAAAGCGGAUCUCGUCCUGAUAUUUUACACUGCCAUGAUUGGUCGAGUGCUCCAGUUGCAUGGUUAUUCAAGGAGAAUUAUUUGCAAUAUGGACUGAGUAAUGCUCGAGUUGUGUUCACUAUCCACAAUCUCGAAUUCGGGAUACACCAAAUCGGCAGAGCAAUGCAAGCUGCUGACAUGGCCACAACAGUCUCGCACACAUAUUCAAGGGAGGUUUCUGGUAAUCCUGCAAUUUCUCCCCAUCUUUACAAAUUCCAUGGUAUUUUGAACGGGAUCGAUCCGGAUAUCUGGGAUCCAUGCAAUGACCAAUAUAUUCCCGUCCCUUAUACACCGGAGAAUGUGGUCGAAGGUAAGAGGGCUGCUAAAGAGGCAUUGCAGCAGAAACUCGGAUUGAAGAGAUCCGACGAACCUUUAGUCGGAAUAAUUACUCGAUUGACCGUCCAAAAGGGAAUUCACCUUAUCAAACAUGCUAUUGGGCGAACCCUCGAACGAAAUGGACAGGUUGUUUUAUUGGGCUCAGCUCCGGACCCUCGUAUACAAAACGAUUUUGUUAAUUUGAAAAACGAAUUGCAGUCUUCACAUAACAACAGUGCGCGCCUUUGCCUAACUUAUGAUGAACCUCUUUCGCAUUUGAUAUAUGCGGGAGCGGACAUGAUCCUCGUUCCAUCGAUUUUCGAGCCGUGUGGGCUAACUCAACUUAUAGCCAUGCGAUAUGGCUCCAUCCCCGUUGUUCGUAGAACCGGAGGGCUUUACGACACAGUGUUUGACGUUGAUAAUGACAAAGAGAGAGCUCGAGCUGUGGGUCUUGAGCCAAACGGGUUUAGCUUCGAUGGAGCUGAUACGUCUGGUGUGGACUACGCUCUCAACAGGGCAAUCACUGCAUGGUACGACGCCCGCGAAUGGUUCAACUCUUUGUACAGGCGGGUAAUGGAGCAAGAUUGGUCGUGGAACCGCCCCGCUUUGGACUACCUGGAACUGUACCACUCGGCGCGCAAGUAGAAAUCGCGAGUUAUUUUUCAAAUAGGAAAAUAAUAAUAAUAAAAAAAACCGAAAUUGAGUGACUAGAAUAAGAGAGGCCCUAGAAAUAUACUUGAGCUCAGAGGGGGAGUAUUCUUUUUUAGUCUUUGUACAGUAAAUUCUAUGCAUUCAUUUUUCUUUUCUUUUUUUUUUUUUGGCCCUCCCUUUAGGUUUUAGAGUUAGCAAAGUAUAAAAUGAUUUGUGUGUUGCUAGUCUUAUAAUGUUUUCCUUUCCAAUAAUGUGCUUUUGAGUUUUGAUUAUUAUAAUCCCUGGGAAAAAUGUUGGGUCAA